AUGCCACAAAGGCUAACAAAGCAAUUUCUAGUCGACGCUCUAAUGGCAGCUAGUGUUGGUUUUCCCGCGACGGCUACGGUGGCGCAAUUAAAGCGUUUAUACGCCGCACACUGCACAAAUGAGGCGCUCAAUGAGGUGGACGACGACAACAUAUCCGACUUGGAUGAGGGAGCAGCUCCAGACAACGGUGCCAUCAUAAUCGACGCCACGCGGUAUGAUCAGGUACGAGAUGCUCAAAAUACGGUUACCGAAAAUACCGUUGGCGAAUGCCGUGACGCCGGCGCUAGCGCCCCUGCCGCUAACCUAAAUAACGUUGCUGAAAAUACCGUUCGUGAACGUCGUGCCGCCUAUAGCCUUGCCGCCGGCGCUAAAAAUGCUGCCGUUACCAAUGCUGCCGUCACUAUAACCCCCGCCGCUGACGAUAUUACUGCCAAUGCCGAUAUUACCGCCAAUGCCGAAAAUGCUGCCUCCGUAAACCUUGCCGUCUCCAAUAGCUACACCAGCGACAAAACUUCCGCUGGCGCUGACAACACGGCAUCCAGCCCUACGAAUGCCGGUGACGACUACACCGCUGAUAAUUUGGACCAGCAGAUUACGGAAUUAAGGAAGAAGCGCGAAAUAUUGGAGCUGCAACGUCAAAUAAAUGAGCUGAAAACUACGAUUGCCAAACCAAGUGCUUGUAGAGCUUCAUUCGCAGACAUUGAGCACGCAGUUCCAAAAUUUAGUGGUGAUAGUACCGCACAAUCAGUUCAACACUUCUUCGACGAUUUCGAGGAAAUAAUGCGUACGGUUAAUGCGGACGAUCAAUUUAAAUUGUUAAGCUUACGUCGCUCAUUACAUGGAACAGCGAGAGUGUUUUUAACGACGACAUCUGCACUCAACUAUCAUGAUUUGAGGAAGGCAGUUAUAGAUGAGUUCGACAGUGCAGUUACUCGCCACGACGUCUACAGAAUGUUGAGCGAAAGGAAGUGGAAGCCCCAAGAAGAAUCACUGCACUGUUACAUAUUGACUAUGCAGGCUCUGGCGAAACGUGGAUGUGUCCAGGAAACUGACGUCAUCGACUUGAUCUUUGAUGGGAUCGGGAAUAAAAUAAACAAUAUAAAUUUACUUAUGCCAGCACAAUCACUGGACGAGCUGAAGAGGCUAGUGAAUCGCUACUAUUCCAAAUACCUCAAGCCAAAUUUUGGUACUGUUCGACGUAUGAUGCCUGCCGCUGCCGCAAAGCAACCUGCCGUUCCCGUCAAGCCGUCAGCCUCUGAUAAGCUUACUGCCGAGUCUGGAGGAAACAGCCAGCCACUAUGCUUUAACUGCUCCAAGAGGGGCCACAUAAAGCCAAACUGCCCGUAUCCGAUGCGUCCGAAUGGGUCCUGCUUCCGGUGCUGGAAGAUGGGUCACGACCAUCAUUCAUGCACCAAUCCACGGAAAAUUUUGAAGCCGAUUGCCGACCAACCAGUUGCUGCCGUUUACGAAAACGACCUCACCGAGCUGGAAUCGUUCAAUUUUUCCAACUAGCUUUAUGAAGCAAUCGUGUGUGCCAAAUAAUUGCCAAAUUUUACGAGAGCCACAACAUACUUACCGCAGCAUUGGUG